GAAAGAUGGUAAUGGGGGAGUUAUAUUAACCUGAACGGCGCUAUUGCCAUGAACGUGACAUGGGGAAGCCGGUGAGGGAGGCGCGCCCUGAUCGAUCAAAUCGAACGAUAAUCUGCGCCACUCGUUCAUAUUGUAAACAUUACAGCAUGCUGCAUCACGCAGGAAAAAUACAUAUAUUUUAAAACUAGUUUUCAUUGUAUGCAAUCAACACCCGGUUCACCCGGGGCAUGAAUAGAAUCCCCCCCAAUGUUAGUGAACGUACACCGAUACUAUUCGGUGUGACAGAGCGCUCUAUGUUACAGUGAUAUCGAUUGGUUGAAACCUAUUGCGAGAAAGAAGACUUCUUACGUCAUCAGGUCGAGUUUACUUUGAGGAACAGGAGGGACAACUUUCACAUUGCAUUUCGAUGAACGAGGGUAGUGAUAAACGUGGUUUGGGACUGGCCUCAAGUGGAGUUUUCGUGACUUUGUAGGACCUCGGACCCCACGCUCCGACCAACGUUUUAUCGACCUCGGAAUAGUAGAGCAGAUAGCAAGGGUCUCUUUGGACCAGCAGCAAGCAUGCUAACUUCUCUGUUCGCAUUUGGAACUGUUAUUCAUGCUUGUUAUGCGUAUGAUUUUUUUUGAAGUUCGUGGGUAAUCGGGGGAGGGAAACUUAAACUAGAUUUAUUUGUAUAUUUUUUUUAAAAGUCAAAGUAAUUAUGUUGGGGAAUGAAGGGAUCUAUGCAGCGAAGAAGAGGAAGAAACCCAUCCAGAAAAGUCUGACGCAUGCUCCAGGUGACGGUGUGGUAAAGACCAACCCUUCAAAACGUCACCGGAACCGUCUGAACGGGGAGCUGGACCGGCUGACCAGCCUGCUGCCCUUCUCCCCAGAGGUCAGGGGUAGGUUGGACAAAUUGUCCGUCCUGCGGCUCAGCGUGGGAUACGUCAAGGUCAAGAGCUUCUUCCAUGCGACCCUCCAGAAGAAGUGUGAGUGGCCGGCCCCCCCUCUCAGUGGGAACUGGAGGAACGGACGGACAGCCACUUCUAUAGACGGAGUCAGCCUCUCCGAGGGAAACCUACUGCUGCAGGCUCUGAAUGGUUUUGUCCUGGUGGUCACCACUGAUGGCUCUAUCUUCUACACCUCUCCAACCAUCCAGGACUACCUGGGCUUCCACCAGUCUGAUGUGGUGCACCAGAGUGUGUAUGAGCUGAUACACAUGGAUGACAGAGCCAUGUUCAGGUGUCAGCUUCACUUCGCCCUCAAGCCCAAUCAGACCGACUCAGAGGCCGGACCAGAUGCCAUCCAGUCUAGCAGCAGGCCCCACAGUGAGUCUAUGAGCUACCUGACCCAGCACAUCCCUGAAGAGAACAGGUCCUUCCUAGAGAGAAGCUUCUGCUGUCGCUUCCGCUGUCUCCUAGACAACUCCUCCGGCUUCCUGGCGUUGAACUUCCAGGGACGUCUGAAGUAUGUUCGAGGCCAGGGAAGGCUGGGGGAUGACGGGGCCUCGGUCCCCGCUCAGCUGGCCCUGUUUGCCAUCGCCACACCCAUGCAGACCCCAGCUGUCAUGGAGAUCAGGACCAAGACACUCAUUUUCCAGACCAAACACAGACUCGACUUCGCCCCCAUGGGCAUAGAUACUAGAGGUAAAGUGGUGCUGGGUUACUCUGAGACAGAGUUGGUCACUCCAGGCUCAGGUUACCAGUUCAUCCAUGCUGCUGACAUGAUGUACUGCGCAGACAACCACAUCAAAAUGAUAAAGACAGGAGAGACUGGUUUCACCAUCUUCAGGCUGCUGACUAAGGCAGGUGUGUGGGUGUGGGUUCAGGCCAACGCCAGGGUCGUCUUCAAGGCAGGGAGACCCGACUUCAUCAUCGCUCGACAGAAAGCCCUAACAAACAAAGAGGGCGAGGAGCACCUGCAUAAGCGGAGAAUGGAGCUUCCCUUCAACUUUGCCACUGGGGAGGCUCUGCUGUAUGAGUCCUGUCCCUCUCUGAAUACUGCCAUUAUGCCUCCAGGACCACCCAUCCCCCCUGGUCUCACUCCCCCAGGCUCCAGCCCUGAGGACAAGCCCCUGGACCCUGCGUCUCUCCUGGGGUCCCUACUCAGUCAGGACCGCUCUGUUUAUACUCAGCCCCAGGACGCUAAACCUAACCUGGACCUCCAGGUCUUUUCCCCCAACCUAGACACAGCCUUCCCCCAGGACCAGGACCCAGGCCUGGAUAGAGCCUUCCUGGACAGCCACGCUCUGCUGAGUGUCCCUGGGGAGCUCCAGGGGCCCCAGAGGCCCAGCAGGGGAGACCCCACAGCGCAGGCCAUGAUGGACUCUCUGGGGGAGAUCCUGGGGGAGAUGGGGGCGGGGGGCUUGGAGGGGCUGGAGGUGGAGGAGACAGAGCUGAGGGACUGGGAGAGCACUCUCCUCAGGAUCAACAUGGAACAGCAGGAUGUGACGGGGGAGCUGUAUGAUAUCUUAGCCAAUGAUGUGUUCUCCUACGUGGAGGAGGCUCUGAUGAGAGAGCGUGAUGAUGGAUGUGUGAAGGGCAACUUGAGACAGGGCACUGAGCCAAUCAACAGACUUUCUGCUCACAUCACUGCCAAUCAAAACAUACUACGUGGGUUCCCUCACUCCCAGAGUUCCAUAUUGCCAGGAAACCAGGGGUUCAAUGGCGGAAACGGCUCCCACAGUGAGAACCUAUGGCAUUUGGCUGGUCCACACAUGACCUCUAACCUCAACAGCUUUGGAGAGCAGAGGUUGCUAGGAAAUGGAGUUGUUGGUGGUGUGGAGCAAGGGCUGGGGUGUAGUCCUGGGACUGUGAGAGAGCCACGGAGGACUGUAAACACAAACACACUACCCAGAGCUGCUCAGACCGUUGCAGGGCAAUGGACUCAAGGAAGCGGUGCAGAUCUCCAUGGCAACCAAAUGGUCCCACAACCUUCUCAUACUAUCAACCAACCAGAGUCCUGGAUACCCUCCAUCCAAAAUAUAUAUCAUAAUAACCACACCUCUCUCCCUGUCCCUCUCCCAAACUUUAACAACAAUCUCCCUGAGGCCUUUGACCAAACCAUGCAGCCCAGCCUGGAGUUAUACCACUCUGAGACUGGAGAUGCAAACAGGCAGUUCUCAGGGCAGCCCUAUCCAGGUCUGUCAUAUCAGGACCCAAGGCAGUCUUGGCAACAGCCACGGCAACACACACAAUGGCAACCACGGCAGAUACCACAGGGUUUUUCUGCAAAGCCGGUAAACAGACAUCGUCACACACACCCCAAACACAGCACACACAUACCGUCCAAUAACGCAUCCAGAACUCAAACACUCACACACAUACCGUCCAAUAACGCAUCCAGAACUCAAACACUCACACACACCACACACACACCCUCAGGCAGCUGUAUGUUUGACAAGACAGCUCCAAAUGUCUCCAAUCCCUCCAGCCCCCUUACAACUGCCCCAAGCAGAUCACACGGUCUCAUACCUGCUCCCACUCACUACAAUGGACCCAGACCCUCUCCCACUCUUUCCAAUUACUGUAGAACCAGCUCCUCAACCCAGGCCCCCAAAGUCUUUAUGACUUACCCUCAAGCGUCCAUAAUCCCAAGAUCUACCAACUCUUAUCCCCAAGACUCCAUUCCUAACCUAACCUACCCCCCAGCCUCCAUCCCCACCCCCAUCCCCGCCCUAUCCAGAGGGGCUCAGACGGAUAAGGACACAGGAGCUAUCCCUGCCUGGUCUGGGGCUCCGUACCUGGGCAUGAAGCAGCUCCCAGGCCCCUUUCCCAGCCCCAAGCAGGUUCCCCAGAGCACAUGGGGAAAUGGCAGCUGUAGUGAUCCCAGUGAAGGAAGCUUGAUGCUGGGUCAGAGGGGGUUGGAAGAAAGCCUCCUUCCUGGAGGUCCGACGCCAGGAUUUCCUCCUGAGAACGGAUCUGUAGAGUCAUCUUUAUUCUACUGGAAUGGACAAACACAGGUCCCUGCCGGUCCUAAUGGUGAUGUGGAUCCUUUUCUCUUUACUGGCAACAUCUCCUAGAUUCUCUAGGACUAAGAGGAACCUACAAGUAACCAUCUCCACAAUGGAACCACCAACAUCUUUUGGACUCUAGGACCUACCUUGGAACCACCAACAUCUUUUGGACUCUAGGACCUACCUUGGAACCACCAACAUCUUCUGGAAGAAUACAACUGUACAAAAACCAGCACCUCUAUUGAAUACUGUUGGAGCUGGAUAAUAUUCUAUAUUAUAUUUAAUUUCCUUGUCCGGUUGAAGGGUGCUGCUUUCCAGCCAUGGACAGCCACCGGUUUAAUGUUCAGACUAGGGCUGUUACGGUGACCGUAUUACUGCCACACCGGCAGUCACUAGUCAUGACCGCAGUCAAUUUCCAUGUGACCGUUUAGUCACGCUAACUAGGCUUC